CCUUCUGGAAACCGGAAAUUGAAAGCCGAUAUAAAAAGCGUGGUCUGACUCAGCCAGGCACAUUUGAGUACAAGCCAUAGCGACCUAACAGUCAGGUUCAAACUCUCUCCCCAGAAGAGCAGAAAAUCAUCACCAUGCCUGAGGAAACACAAGCAGCGGAGGUUAUGGACGACUCCGAGGUGGAGACCUUCGCUUUCCAGGCUGAGAUUGCUCAGCUGAUGUCCCUGAUCAUCAACACGUUCUACUCCAACAAGGAAAUCUUCCUCAGGGAACUCAUCUCCAACUCCUCUGAUGCCCUCGACAAAAUCAGGUAUGAGUCAUUGACGGAUCCCAGCAAACUGGAAAGUGGGAAGGAUCUGGAGAUCAAGAUUAUCCCCAACAAGGAGGAGAACACCUUGACCAUCAUGGACACUGGUAUUGGCAUGACAAAGGCUGACCUGGUCAACAACCUGGGUACCAUCGCCCGCUCUGGCACCAAGGCCUUCAUGGAGGCUCUGCAGGCUGGCGCUGACAUCUCCAUGAUUGGUCAGUUUGGCGUGGGUUUCUACUCCGCGUACCUCGUGGCUGACAAGGUGGAGGUCGUCACUAAGCACAACGAUGACGAGCAGUACAGGUGGGAGAGCUCAGCUGGAGGCUCCUUCACGGUUUGCCCAGACCCCGGCGACUCCAUUGGGCGUGGCACGAGAAUCGUCCUGUACUUGAAGGAAGAUCAGGCUGAGUAUAUCGAGGAGAAGCGGGUCAAGGAGGUUGUGAAGAAGCACUCUCAGUUCAUUGGCUACCCCAUCAAGCUGCUCGUACAGAAGGAGCGCAACAAGGAAGUGAGUGAUGAUGAGGAAGAAGAAGAGGAGGAAAAGGAGAAGAAAGAGGGAGAGGAAGGAGAAGAGGAAGACAAGCCUAAAAUCGAAGAUGUAGAUGAGGAUGAGGAAGGAGAGAAGAAGGAAAAGAAGAAGAAAGUCAUCAAGGAAACAUACUUGGAAGAUGAGGAGCUGAACAAGACCAAGCCCAUCUGGACCCGUAACCCUGACGACAUCAGCCAGGAGGAGUACGGAGAGUUCUACAAGAGCCUGACCAAUGACUGGGAGGAUCAUCUCGCUGUCAAGCACUUCUCCGUGGAAGGCCAGCUGGAGUUCCGAGCCCUCCUGUUUGUCCCCCGCCGUGCUCCCUUUGAUUUGUUUGAGAACAGAAAGAAGAAGAACAACAUCAAGCUCUACGUCAGAAGAGUUUUCAUCAUGGACAAUUGUGAGGAGCUGAUCCCUGAGUGGCUGAACUUUAUCAAGGGUGUGGUGGAUUCUGAGGACUUGCCCCUCAACAUCUCCCGUGAGAUGCUCCAGCAGAGCAAGAUCCUGAAAGUCAUCCGCAAGAACCUUGUCAAGAAGUGUCUAGAGCUGUUCGGCGACCUAUCAGAAGACAAAGAAAACUACAAGAAAUUCUACGAGCACUUCAGCAAAAACUUGAAGCUAGGCAUCCAUGAGGAUACUCAGAACAGGAAGAAGGUGGCUGAUCUGCUUCGCUACCACAGUUCCACCACAGGGGACGAACUGACCUCUCUCAAGGACUAUGUAGCUCGCAUGAAGGAGAACCAGAAAGACAUCUACUACAUCACUGGUGAGAGCAAGGCAGCUGUGGAGAACUCUGCAUUUGUGGAGAGAGUCAAGAGAGCAGGGCUAGAGGUGCUAUACAUGGUGGAACCCAUCGAUGAAUACGCCACCCAGCAGCUGAAGGAGUAUGAAGGAAAGAAGCUGGUGUCUGUGACCAAGGAGGGUCUUGAACUACCUCAGACUGAUGAAGAGAAGAAGGCAUGGGAGGAGCUCAAGGCCAAGUUUGAGCCACUCUGCAAGGUCAUGAAGGACAUCCUGGACAAGAAGGUGGAGAAGGUUGAGUGCUCCAGGCGUCUGGUGAGCUCCCCCUGCUGUAUCGUCACCAGUCAGUACGGCUGGAGCGCCAACAUGGAGCGCAUCAUGAAGGCCCAGGCCCUGCGCGACAACAGCUCCCUCGGCUACAUGGCCGCCAAGAAGCACCUGGAGGUCAACCCAGAGCACCCCAUCAUCGACAGUCUCCGGGUGAAGGCGGAUGCCGACAAGAACGACAAGUCUGUGAAGGACCUGUGCAUGCUGCUGUACGAGACCUCCCUGAUGGCGUCUGGCUUCACGCUGGAGGAGCCACAGAUCCACGCAGGCCGCAUCUACCGCAUGAUCAAGCUGGGUCUGGGGAUCGACGAGGACGAGGCAGAGGUGGAGGAGCAGCUCGCAGACAUGCCACCGCUGGAGGGUGAUGACGAGGACGACACAUCACGGAUGGAGGAGGUUGACUAAGGCGUAGGUCACCUGGCUGAAGUGAAACAUUCCUGUAUGUUUGUUGUACCAUACCAACAUGGAGAUAAAGGAAAGGAACUAUUUAAGAAACAUAUUACACUUCGACUAUGAACAGUUUGGUCCCAGUCUUAAAUUAAGAAGUAAUGGAAGAUGCAGGAUCAUGUUUCAUUUAUCCGAUAGAUGUUCUAUUGCCCAAAUCCUCCACCUAUAGGUAGUGUUUCCUUUUUCAGAAAGAACGAAAAAUAGUAUUGUAGUCAUAUUAGUGGUAGUGUAGAUUGUUUGUAAUGUCACCAGUUUUUGUAACAUAAAGUGAGCACUCCAAAGUGUGAUUCAUCAAAAAAACAAAAACAAAACUAUGAUAGAAUACUAGGAUAUAAACAGAUGUUUGUGAGUCCUUGUGUGGUACUUAUUCUCAUGUUUAUUACUUUCUGUAGGAUGAUAAAUGAACAUGAAAAUAAAGUAACUAUUGAGUAAUUGCA